AUGGCCGAACCGAUCCCCGACAGCCUGCGACAGGCAGAUAUCACGAGAUUCAUCAAUCGCGCAAACCAGCUACGGCAGCACAAACCUGUCGUAACCUACUGGUGCGAAUACUGGGUAGUCAAUCAAAUCCUAGCCAAGGGUCUGCACAAUGUCGACGAUGAGAGUCUUUCAUACACGACAAAUCUCAUGGACAGGCUUGAACAGCCCUGCCAGACCAAGACUGAAAAUGCUCAAGAAGAAGCCAUCACCGACGACACAGUGGGACAAGCAUAUGUUGAGCAGUUCGCACAAGAAACUCUUGACAGAGCAGAGAAGGUUAUGCGCGCGAAUCGCGUCACCAGACAAACCGCCGAUACCUUCGAUGCCGCUGCAACCUUCCUCCUACUGGGCAAUAUUUGGGGCCCUGUAGAUGAAGAAACACUCAAGAAGGUCAAAUAUGCAAAGUGGAACGCUGCUCGGAUACUCAAGGCUUUGAAGGAGGGCAAGGACCCCAACGAGUCAAACCCCAAACAGGAAGAGCCCGCGGCCGAGGAAGUUCUUCCUGCGCUGGAUCCCAACGACCCAGACGUCCAAGGAUUAACAUCCCCAAAGCCUGCCUCCGUAGAGGAUGACCCGGAGACCGAGUUUUACAAAAAGGCAUCGGCACCGGCAGAGACCGCGAAGACGACCGAGCCCAGCGAGCCUGAGCCUGCCCAGUCCAGCGUGCUCGAUCUCCCAUCAGUGCCGUCAGCAAACGACCUCAAUCCGCCGGUACCACAGACUCAGGGCUACUUUGACCCUCCCGAACAGUUCCCGCCAUCUCCCUUGAGCCAAACCGGCGUAAAUGACCCCUCCGCUACGGCAAAUGCUCUGUCGGCUCCUUCUCCUUAUGCUGCAUCCUCUACUGGCCCAUCCAUCAGCCCGGCCAACGCUGCGUCGCCGUGGCAGCCGCCUCAGAUACCCCCUUCUAAUGUUACCAAGUCACCUCCGCCUCCGGCGCCUCAGCAAUUCAAGCCACCGCCAAUUGCACCUCAGCCCAGAGCCCCGGUGGCUGCCGGCUCGCACAACUCGUGGGCACCAAGCAGUGCACCGUCGGAUGACAUGGACUUGCCAAAGGCGCAGAAGCACGCCAAGUGGGCUAUUUCUGCGCUCAACUUUGAGGACGUGCCGACGGCAGUGAAGGAGCUACGCAAUGCACUGGCUGCCUUGGGGGCUCAGUAG